AUGAGAAACUCAGAAAAGAGCCAAUCUUUAUCUGUGACAACCUUGCUUCAGGACGCUAAUUGUGGCCCAACACCAAAUCAAGUAGGCGGCGAACUAGCACCUGGUGGAUUUACCUCAGAGAAUGGCCAAGCGAGUUAUGAGCACUCGGUCGAGUCGACCGCACUCGAGAAACAGGUACGGUGGAAAGUCGAUCUACGCCUGUGCAGCAUUGCAGGGCUCCUGUGCAGUCUCAAUCUAUUGGAUUCAGGCAUCCUUUCCUCUGCCUCGGUGACAACCAUGCUCGAAGACCUCGAAUUGAACCAGGGCAAUCGAUAUUCAGUGUCUAUCUUUAUCUUUACAAUCGCCAAUGUGGCAUUCCAGCUGCCAUCCACACUAGCCGUGCGGUUUGUUGGGCCACGCCUCUGGUUCGCGACAAUCACAUUUCUUUUCGGGCUACUGACCUUGUGUACCGCUUUCAUUCACACAUGGGGCCAAAUGAUUGCUUUGCGUGUUCUUUUGGGAAUUUCCAUGUCCGGCAUUUACCCAGGCCUCACUUACCUGGUUAGCACUUGGUAUCCACGGCGAGAGCAGCAACUCCGAUUUGCAUUCAUGCAAUCUGGUGAAGUGUCUGUCUUCGCCACAGGUAAUAUUGUCAACUAUGUAUUAAACCACCUGAAUGGAAAGGCUGGUCUAGCUGGAUGGCGUUGGAUGUACCUCGUCCAGGGUCUCAUUACCUGCUUUUUGGGCGUGGUCACUUACUGGUGGAUGGUUGACUUUCCCGAGAACGCCCAAAACAGCUUCUGCUUUCUUACAGAGAAAGAAGCACAUCUUGCGGCCCGAAGAAUUCAAGAUGAUCGUGCAGAUCUUGUACCUGAGCCGUUUUCAUGGGGAACGAUGUUUUCUGCUUUCAAAGAUCUGAAGAUCUACGGAUUCGCAUGCAUGUUCUUCUUGCUCAAUCUGAUCACAACUGCUUUGGCAUAUUUCCUGCCUAUCAUAUUGCAAUCUGGGAUGGGCUUCAGCUCAGAUACAUCCAUUUUGCUCGCCACGCCGCCAUAUUAUUACGCCGUCAUCCCAGUUAUCCUCACGUCGUUUAUUGGAGACCGUUACGGCGUCCGAGGGCCACUAAUCACAUUUAAUGCUCUCAUGCUCAUAGUCGGUUUCCUUAUGUUCGGACUUCCUGCGUCUUCCCAAGUAGCCGUGCGAUAUGUUGGAACGUUUUUAGCUACCGGUGCUUACGUUUCGAAUUGGGCUGCCUUGAACGCUUUCCAGGCUAAUAAUAUUGUUGGCCAAUGGAAGCGUGCUGCAACUGCAGCGACUGUCACUGCUUUCAAUGGUUUGGGCGGCGUGGCAGGCAGCUAUAUCGUCCGACAGAAAGAAGCACCACAGUAUUUGACUGCGGUUUGGGUAUCUGUAGGUUCUCAUAUUCUGCUUAUUGCUAUUGUGGGCUCAUUCACGGCGUACUUCUACAUUGCCAAUCGACAGCAAGCAAGUGGGGUCAAAAUACUCGAGGGUGUGCCCGGUUUUCGAUAUACAUUCUAA